AUGUACGACGUACUCCCAUCUGUCGGCAUAGAUCAGUCACGGCUAGAGAUCAUUAGGGUAAAGCCCAUUAGGGUUGGCCUUGCUGCACUUCACACGCUGUUUGACUCGGUCCGUAAAGACAGAGCGACCCCAUGCACUCCAGACGCACUGGACCAGCUUGACCUAAAGACGUCCUGGCUGCACAAAUCGAGCAACUUCGUCAACUCCCCCGAGUACCGUCAUGACGUAGACAGGGUUUCUGAGUGGGAAUUUGGUCCUCUUUAUGUCGGGUUCGGUCUUCAUGAAGAUCUUUGGGAGGUGCGACAGGGCUCAAAGCCACGUCCGAAAGCGUCUUUACCAAGUGCCUCGAAGGCGACUAGAAAUGUGGUAUUCCACAAGGACAAGGCGUGGAAGCAAGAAGAUGAGACGCUCUACGAUCGGAUGCGGAAAGUUAUCUAA